GGCGUACGCCGCCGCCGCCGACGUCGCUCUUAUCACAUUGUUCAUUGUACAUUUCGUACCCACUGCGCGCAGAGAGUGCGUUCGAAGUUGGAACGACACGGAAAACAGCUAGACAAUAAUAUAUGACGUUAUUGUUAUUACGAUUCACUACCCUCUGUUUCGACGACAUUUUAGGUCUGUUGUAAUAAUUCGUCGUCGUCCGUUUAGUAUACCGUUGUUCGCGUGUCCAGCGGAAACGAAGUACUCCGCGAUUACGAUAGUCGCGUUCGAUCCGUUGUCGACUGUUGCAGUCCGCAGGCCCGUCACCCAUCGACGAUCGUCGCGGUAUUGUACGCACGCGCGAUCGACGUUUUUCGUAUUAAAUGCGUUCGCCGACAUCGUCUGAUCUUUGCUUGCCGUCAGGACGGCGACAAGAGUGACAACAAACACAGUGCCAUUAUCAUCGGUCGGCGUAGACGCUCUCAACUCACGAAUCACUCGAUUUUGUUUCUAGUCCAACGUCCGUCCGCCCGCCCGCUCCUUGACUGACACCCCCUGUGAAACGGAGUCAGCGUCCCACGUCCGUGUGCACUAUGCUUUCCGACGAGUUUGACGUGGAAGAAAACAAUUCCCAGAGUGAUAUAUUAAACGAAGGAAGCAAUUCUGAGAAUGUUGAUUUAAGUGAUAAUUCUCUUCAAGUUGUUAUUUCUGACGCUCUCAGUGAAAAGGAUCGAGUCAAAUUCACUGUCUUAUCAAAGACAACAUUACCAGAUUUUCAAAGAUCAGAAUUUUCAGUUGUGCGUCAGCAUGAAGAAUUUAUCUGGUUACAUGAUCAGUUUGAAGAAAAUGAAGACUAUGCUGGAUUUAUUAUUCCACCUGCCCCACCUCGUCCAGAUUUUGAUUCUUCUAGAGAAAAAUUACAAAAAUUAGGAGAAGGUGAAGGAACAAUGACCAAAGAAGAAUUUUUGAAAAUGAAAAAAGAAUUAGAAGCUGAGUACUUAGCCACAUUUAAAAAGACUGUUGCCAUGCACGAAAUGUUCCUUUCAAGACUAGCUCAGCACCCUGUAUUUCGUUACGAUACAAAUUUUCGAGUAUUUUUAGAAUAUGAUCAAGAUCUUGCCGUUCGUACAAAAAACAAAAAAGAACUUUUUGAGGAAAUUAUGAAAUCUCUGUCGAAGACCACUGACGAGUACCUGCUUUCUGCAACUGUAAGAGAUGUCAAUGAUUUUUUUGAGCAAGAAAAAAAUUUCCUCAUAGAUUAUUAUGGUCAUUUAAAAGAUGCUACUAUGAAAUCAGAUAAAAUGGUAAACAAGCAUAAAGAUGUUGCAGACUGUUAUAUCAAGAUUUCAUCAUGUUUAGUCCAGUUAUCUACUUUUGAUCAUCGAGAGCUUGAUUGGUUCUUGAACCGAUUUUCUGAAACAUUGGAAAAACUUAGAAAAGUGGAAGGGAGAGUUGCAUCUGAUGAAGACCUUAAACUUUCAGAUACAUUGCGUUACUAUGUAGGUGAUUCAUUUGCUGCAAAACGAUUAUUAUAUAGGCGAUUACGUUGUUUAGCAAACUACGAAACAGCUAAUCGUAAUCUAGAGAAAGCUAGGGCAAAAAAUAAAGAUGUUCAUGCAUUUAACGAGGCUCAAGAAGUUUAUGAUGCAGAAGCAACACAACAGAUAUCAUGUGAAAAAUUUGAAGUCAUGUCUGAUAAAGGAAAAGAAGAAUUGAUUGAUUUUAAAGCAAGACGAGUGUCAACUUUCAAUAAAAACUUAUUAGAACUUGCUGAAUGGGAAAUAAAACAUGCACAGCAUCAAAUAGACAUUCUGAAAACUAGCCUCGAAAUGAUAAACAGCGAAGAAAAGAAGUCAACACUUAACGUCGAGUUGGCACGACGUUAUCAUGGGAGCAAUUGUUUUAAUUUAUUUAUGUCUAUGAAUUUAAAUAAUUUAUUUGUGAGUUUCAAUUGAAUGAAACAUAUUGGCAUUGUGUAAUUAAAUCAAAUAAGUUAUUACAAACUUUAUAUAUAAUAUAUUCUUUACUCAAAAGUAUCAGCUAAUGACGUACAAAUGUUUUGAAAAACCUAUUAUGUAACAAAAUAAAACUGGGUUAUAAAAAAAUAGAUGGAUGUAACAUUUAAGUUAAUAGUGUUUAUGGGUUAUUUUUAAUUCUUUUUUAUUUCUUACCUUACUUUGAUUACUUGCAAUGCGUGUGGAAUUUCAAGAUUGAGAAUCACCAUUUUUAUAAAUUUAUAUUUUUAAAUUAUAUGCGUUUUAAUCAUUGAAAUAUAUUUGAUUUGUAUUCAA